UGCCUACAGAGCAGCAUGUGGGCUUGGAGAACAAAGAAGGAAAAGCCUGUUCGUAAAAGAAAAACAAAAGCUUAAAACAAAGCAAGCAACUGGAAAAACCAAAACCAAAGAGACUCCUCAGUUCCUGGUCACGCGCAACUGAUUUACCAAGAAGAAUUAAUGUUCUAAAAGUUUAGAACACUUCAACUGAUGCCAUGGACUACUGGACAAAAGACAUUUAUAGUUGAGGCCUAUUUUCAGCUGAAUUCUAUCCACGCGGCUCAAUUGCAAUUCAAAGAACGGUUUGGAUGUCGUGAAUUUCCUGCCCACACAAUGAUCUACAGAAGGGUCAACAAGUUCCGAACCCAUGGGACUGUUAAUAACCUCAACCGUAAAGAUACUAACAGACAAUCACACUCUGGACGACCGAAAUCAUCAAGGACACCACAGAACGUUGACGCAGUCAGAGACUCUGUUGUUCGCAGCCCACGCAAGUCUGUGUGUCGACGAAGUCAGGAGCUUGGAAUGAACCGGGAGUCUGUGCGGAGAAUUUUCAUCGCAGAUCUUGACCUCUAUCCUUACAGGAUACAGAUUAAACAAAAGCUUACACCUGCCGACAUGUGGAAACGAGUGAUCAUGUGCCAGUGGUUUUGCGAUAAGAUUGACGCUGCGCCAGACUUCCUUGACAAUGUCUGGUUUUCGGAUGAGGCACAUUUUCUGCUGUCAGGUCAUGUGAACUCUAAGAACAACAUCUUCUGGGGUAGCACACCCCCUGAGUACUGUCUGCAAAGGCCAUUACACUCUGUCAAGUGCACUGCAUGGGUCGCCGUCUCCAAACAUGGCAUCAUUGGACCAUUCUGGUUCGAGGACGACAACGAGCGGUUUGUGACAAUCAACACCGAGCAAUAUGUUCAGGUGCUUGGCAAAUUCUGGACAGCACUUGGUCGACGAAGAUGGGUCGUCAGGGACCUCCAGUGGUUCCAGCAGGAUGGUACCACCCCCCCACACCUCAAACGAAUCAUUGGCAUGGCUACAGCAUCGUUUCCCUGACAGACUGAUCAGCCGCAGGUGUGACCCGGAGUGGUCGCCGCAUUCACCGGACUUGAACGCCCCAGAUUUUUACCUGUGGGGAUACCUUAAGGACAGGGUGUAUGGGAACAACCCCCAGACUAUCCCUGAUCUGAAGGCAACAACCACAGCAGCAAUAAGAGCGAUCCCAAGGGAAGAAUGUGGGAGGGUCAUCGAGAACUUUGCCCGCCAGAUCCAAAUGUGCUUGCAGCAACGGGGAGCUCAUUUAGAGCACAUUUUUUGAGCGCCAGUUAAACAAAGAGUUUUUGUGGUACAGACUUGAAACUUUAGAGAUGUCUGCUUCAUAGACUUAACCUAAUGUAGCUGAAUUUUUGUGUUAAUCUAAAUACAAUUUUGGAAGUUAAUCGAUUUUUAUUGAUGAACGUUUUUUUGUGUCACCCUGUAUGUUCCUUAGCUGGGCCGGCUCCUGGCAUAAACACUCUAUGCGGUUGUUUAGAACCACAACCACCAGUGGUCAGAAAGACACUGGCCACGUUUAAGUAAAAUUAAAUGUGAACUGUCCAGUACCAGCGUCAUGAGCGGACC